AUGUUCCGUAAAGUCCUUCUCUACGUUUCCCUAAAUUUCGCCGCGGCCAUUGUGUCCGCCAGAAAGGUCCAGGACUUGAAAGACGGGCCGACACUGCCGGCUUGUCUUCCCGUUGACCUGGUGGACCUCGAAGAGUAUAUUUCGACGUUGAACUUGACGAACGAGCCGACUUUGGAGACACUUGGGAGAGAUCCACACGACAGGAGAAAUGUCUCGAUUUUUGGCGACCGCCAGACGGACUGGUCUCGACUUUUUUCACUCUACGAGGCCCAACCGGAGGAUUCGAUUCUUCGGGAGCAGCUUCGUCGCCUCUUCCGAGUUUUACUCGUCGGCUAUGAACAGGCGAAGGGACUCACUCCCGUGAUCGACCAACAGAAAGAUCAGAAAAUGAGCUCGAUCGCUAGUCAGGAAGAAAUUUCACCGGGGACGAUGAACAGUAUUUCGGAGACCAGGGGACCGACCUUAUCGACCACGGGUUGGAGUACUGGGGAAAUGAAGACGACUGUUGGGUAUGAAACUCCAAAUGAGGCGAAGACGUCUUCUACGAGGUUGAAGAAUGACGCGACGUCAUUUCCCGAGGAUGGUACUGCAAGUUUCACGGAUGAUUACAAGAUAUCGCAAUCUAGUUCGAAUGAAAUUUUAGGCACAAAUAAUGUUUCGGUGAACUCUGAAACGUCAAACGACGGAGCUAAAUUAUUUCAUACUAAAACAAAGUCUGAUCAGCUGAUUAUACCAGAAGUGAAGAAAAUUAGUCAUGAUUCGUCUGAAUCGAUGGAGGCAGAAAAAGUCUCCUAUUAUUUAUCAACGGAAAAAGUCACGAUUGGAACGUCAAAUAAGGAACACGAUGAUAAAUACAUAUUAGAGAACUUCGAUCCAUCGCGAAGAAAUCAAUGGGAGGGAAUUAACGACAAACCAACGUCUAUCCAAUUUGCAUACACUCCACCAAUCUCUUCUGGCAGUACAAUGUUGACAGAUAAUAUAUUUAUUGACGAUGAAGAAUCUGUAAAUGGAAAUCGCGUAACAGAGUGUGAAUUUACCGAGGAAGAUUUAUCCGAGUACCCGCAAGAGACCGAAAAGUUAAUCACAUCAACAAUGGCGGCGGUUGAAUCAACCCGGAAUAAAGAAGCUGCAGUUUCCAGAUUAAACGAUCUCAAGAAAAUCCGGUUGACAUUGUUUCCCAGAUCUGACAUCAACAGGGAAGGCAUAUUUGAUACAUCGGAUGAAGAGGUUCCUAUAAAGGAUUUACUUGACAGCAACAAAGUCGAUUUUUCUAACCCCAAGUCACCAACAGGCGUCACGGAGCGAUCGAAGGGGAUAUUAUUAAAAAAUUCGGAUGUCAAGAAUUAUGGAGAAAAUUCAUAUUAUUCAGGGUCAUCGGGAAGGGAAAAGACACCCGAUGGGCCACCUUCGGAGACUAGUACAGUUCUUGGGAGCAGUUUUGGCCAAGUUCUCUUCCAAGCCAACGUCCCGAAAUUGUCCAAAAUGGCGGAGGCGUCCUCGGAGGGCGAAAAGGAUGCGGAGGUCGAAGAAACGUCAAAAACGGUCGGUCGGACACCUCGGACCACCUUUUCCCCGAGGAAAGUGGACGAAAGGGGGAAAAUGCUAACCGACCCAGGGUCUGACGAACUUUUACCGCCUGUCGAUGGUAACGGCAGUUUCUCGGCCAAUUUCUCGGGAAUUUCAAGCGGAGUUCCCGAAGUGACCUCCACCGAGAAGAACUCCCGGGCCCGGUUUUCCGUUUCGAAGUUUGAGAUAAGUUCCACGAGGGAUCGGAAUUUCGAGAGCUUCACCUCGGAGCCGACUUUGACGAGUAAAACAAACGAUCCCGGAAAGACGAAUCCAACUGGGAUUUACGGAGAUCCCGAGGGAAGUUCCGGGAUGACCUUCAACCCUUCGGGUCAGCCAGGUCGGGCAAUUCCGAAUCGUCUCGGAGUCACGCUUAAUCUUCGCCUUCCUGACGGCUCCUUUGACAAUGCGGAGAUGAAGGAGUCGGGAUUGCCGGGGAGACAAUCUAAUACCGAAGAGGCGUCCCCCCCAAAUAUCUGGGAGAAUAGCCAACCUGAUCGCUCUGAAAUGCAGAUCGAUGCAGCGCCGAGCACGUCUGCAUCCACGAGGCACCCCGACCUGGGGGAUGAUCUCGAAGUGGAUUCCCCUGGUCCCCUUGAAACGAGCACGACUUUAAUAAAUACUGAUUCGGGUCAGGAUAAAAUCAACACCGACGUAACAAACGUGGGCUUUGAGGAGUUGACAAAUUCUGGGAAUGAAAAAUUAGGGAAAAACGCUUCUUUACAAAAUGUCGACCUGGAAUUAACAAGUAGGAAGGAAAACGCGUCGUUAAGUGCUCAGGAUGAGGAAGGUAGGACAGGAUCUUUGGCACCCGAUAAGUCGACAGUGGUUUCUAUCGAUCACGAGGAGUCUGAAAAUUUAGAAGAUGAUAAUACAGGUGGGAUACAUGAAUUUGUAGGGAAGAAGAAAGCGGAUGUCGUUUCCAGUCUAGGUCGUACCGUCGCAACCGUGUCUACUGACUUGAGACUAAGUACCUUGAAAGGUACCAACGUUCCGGACGAUUUGAGGGAACCACCUGCAAAGACGGUAAUCAAAGUAAACUAUCCGACGAUUUCCAGUAUCUGGCCAGUUUCAUUCAAGCUAAAAGAAACGGUGCCAAUGGUGGAUGGUCCUCCAGAAAGUGAGGUUUCCGGAGAUUCUCGAAGCAACAGUAUUCCCGGGAAAUAUAGGAACGACGUGGAUAAUUAUAUUCAUUCGAAGGACCCAUCUUAUAUUUCCGACGAUAGAAAUAAAAUGAGUCCACCGAUAGUAUUUAAAAAAUCCCCAAGUAGACCAAAGACAUGGGAUAGAUUUACGCCGGCCAAGAGCAAUCGACAUGAACAACGAUAUCGCCUUUUGCAAGAGGGUGCUUUGGUGCCAAAAGAAACUUUAGGUACCAGGAAAAAUAUGGUACGACCUGGAAAACGAGAUAGUCCGGGAAAGAACAUGGAACAAAGGUACAGGUGGUUUUACAACCAAGGACAACCUCAAGUCGUCGCGAACGAGAUUGGAAUAAAGUGUAAAAAUGCAACGUGAUCUACCAUUCCCUCAUCUGGUAGAGUUAUUGUAAAUUUCUUCGAUUCUUCAUAUCGCUACCGGAAGUUAAUAAAUUCGUAACUGGUCCUCAUUCGGCUCAUUAUUUACGAGGGGAGCACCUGGUAACGUCACCGUGGCUUUACGAGGCCCCGUAAACGGAUUUCCGGAUUAUCCCGUAAACGGUAUGGGCGCGAUCCGACGCGUUGGUCGCGCGUAAGUAUCUCCUUCCUUGUCGCUCUCGCGCGGCGGCGCCUCGCUCCCUCUCGCUCCCACUCGUUGGUUCGGACCUCGCGCCAAGUCGGUCGACUCCGGGCAGAGGCCACUCUUCCAUUAGUCCGUUUCCGCGGUUUUUCCGCAAUCGCGGAUUCGCGGUAAUA